ACGUUUGAUUUGUAAAUUCCAGUAUUUAGAUACCUAGUCAACCAAACCUUCGUGCUAAUUAUUUAUGAAAUUUUUACAUUGAAUUGUGAAUUGUAAUCGAAAAAUAAAAGAAAGAAGUCAUUCCAACCAUGUUACCACGAACGUAUUAUACCGACCACGACAUCAGAAAGCGACAAAUCGACACGUUAAAAAUAUUCAAUGCCAACGUCACAGAAAUCAAGGAAUUUAGUGAGUACCAAGUUGAAUUUACAGCAAACAACAGGAGCAUGGUGUUAAAUAUCAUUCUACCACCUGAAUUUCCUAAUGAGAAGCCAGCUAUAUUCAUAAACCCUGUUUUUCCCCAUCCAUGGUUAGCCGAUAAUUCUAACCAGGUUAUAGGCGCUCCAGGGCUGCUAAAUUACACGUUGCACUCUGAUUUGGGGCGUGUAGUACAAGCUAUUAUAAGGGAAUUCCAAAGAUCGGCGCCAAGUAUAGCUAGCGAGGAUAAAUCGACGGACACAAGCCCGCAGUCUCAUAUAAGUGUGAAUUCAAUGAUGUUUCCGGAGCUUAGUGAACUAACGAUAGAAGAGUUGCAGGAGAUAUUGGAAAAUCCAGACUUGCAGGACAAGCUACUAGAAAACAAUCCGCAGUUAACAGAAAUUGACUUAGAAACGGAAGAACUGAUGAACAGCAUAGAGGAGAUAGCGCAAGACAACCUCGCGAAACAGCAAAUGUUAGACGAAAUGAAGUCCAAAGUGCUAGAUCGGAUAUCCACCAUCGUCCAACUGAAGAUGAACUACGAGGAACUAAAUAGAAAGUAUCAAAAGAUGUCGGAGAUGUAUGAUCCUCAUAAAAUAAGGGAUUGCUUGAAGAACGCAGCGAUGCAAGCCGAUGAAGACGCGGAGGCGAUCGCUGAACAGUUUUUGUUAGGUACAAUAUCAGUAGAGACGUUUAUCCUAAAGUUUGCGGAAAAACGUGCUCUCGGUCAAGCAAGACGCGCCCGUGAAGAGAGAUUGGCGCAUCAACUAGCGCAAUUGGAUAAAGCUACGACAUAAACGAGCGUGUCAUGUCAAUUUUACAUGACGUGUAAUGUCAAUAAGAGAUAAAAGUGCGUGUCAUGUCGUGCCAUGUCAAACUUGACAUGACAUGUAAUGUCAAAUACGAAAAAUGGUCAAACAUGUCAUGUGAUAAUAUAAUGCUUAUGGCUGGUUUCCUGUCAAUGUUUGUGACGUUGUAACUGAGAACUAAACUAGACCCGGAUAUAUUUAGAAGCUGUGAAACCGACCUUUAGUAUGUUUAUCCAUUAUUAUAAUAUCAUCCUAUGCUAUUGUUAUAUUUAUAUGAUAUCUAUUUUCAAGUUUACUGAAAAACGUGUCGGUUUUUUUUGUGUCAUGCUUUGUCAAUAUAAUAAAUGGCAUUGCAUAUUUAAUAAUAACUAUUUACUUGCGUUUAAUUACUAUUUAUUAGUUUUAAAUUGUUACUAUGUUGUUAUAAUUUU